AUGUCAAAAUCGACAUGUCAUUCUCGUUUGUCAUCAACAGCAACAACACCAGAUCUCGAUGUAAAUAACAUAGAGUUACAAAAUUUAAUAGAUUUUCGUAAUCAAACUAACACAAACGAUAAACGUUUUAAUAAUAUUAAUUAUGUUCGGCAUGUUUUACGAAAAGUUUUCGGCAGUCAUAGUAAAAAAUAUUCAUCGAGACGUUCAACAAUAUCCGACGAUAAUCUUACUGAUCAAACGUUAACAAUUGAUAAUUUAAUGGCUCCAAUAUUAAUACAUCCAUGUUUACAAUAUGAUAAACACGAAACAUUUUCCGGUGAAUUAUUACUUGAUUGGCUUUUAAUACAUUUUGAAAAUCGUUAUGAAGAUAUACCACUGAUUAAACAAGUUAUUUUACAAUGUUGUACGUGCCUAAUUGGCCUUGGCGUACUUCGAAUAGAAGAAAACAAUUCGGAUAGUGAGUUGUUUCAAGCACAAGAUUUAUACUCAUGGGCAACUAAUAAUUUAGAAAAUGAAGAUACAGAUAUCAGAUUAUCAUCGUCAACAAUCGCCAACGAUAUUAAUCGUCAUCUGAUUGAAAGCAAAGAAUAUAAAUAUAAACCGUCGACAGGUACAACCAUUUUGGACAUUCUUAGAAGUGAAUACAAUUUUCAUUCCGAUGUCUCCCAGAUAGAAACCAAUUCUGUAUCAAUACAAGUCGAUAUAAAUACAAUUGAAAGAUCUAUACAAACAGAUUCAUCGAUUAUUUCUUCUAAUGAAGCAUGUUUAAUACUCGAUUUCGAUAAAAUGUCAUCGUUUAUUGUAUCGAAAACCGAUUCGAAUAGUAAACCAUCAUCACCCAUAUUACAUCGUGUUGAUGAAAAUACUGUUCGACAAGCUAUGCACAAAUUAUUUUUGCAUGAUAAUAUAAACGAUCCAUUGUCGCCCGGUGAUGAUGACGAUGUUCAUUCACCUGUUUUAUCCACAAAUUCAUUCAAAAAUAAUAAUGCAAAAUUUUCAAGCGAAUUAUUAUUGGAAUGGAUAACACUUAAUACUGACUCAAGAAAUACGAAUUCGCAAGCAUUGCUAGGACAGGUUCAUUCGUCUCUGCAACCAAAUAGUAACAUCCCUUCAAAUGGUAAUAAUCACAAUAUGAAUAAAGUUUCGACUUUACUUAUGUCAACAAAUCAAACUAUACCACCUGUUCACAAAUUAUCUUCUCAUCAUAAGAUCAACGAAGAGAUACGUUCACUUCUAUCAGAUCUUAUUAUUCAAGUUGAUAAAAAAUUAACAGCAGCGCCGUUAUUGAUACCACCACCACCACCACCACCUCCUCUUCCUCCUCCACCGCCUCCGCCGCCACCAUUUAUUGGAUCUGCCAUACCACCACCGCCGCCUCUACCACCUUCAGCAAUGGGACCUGGCAUUCCUCCACCGCCACCACCGAUGAUGCCAGGCUUUGGUGCACCUCCACAAUUACCACAAUAUUUAUGUAAGAAACAAAAAUAUUCUGUUACAGAACCAGUUAAAAAGGUUCAAUGGAGUAAAAUCAAUCCAUAUACGAUAAAAAAAGAUUCUAUGUGGGUCAAUGUCGACGAAGGGAAAUAUGUCAAUGAUUCUCUUUUUUGCGAUAUACGAAAAAAUUUUGCGAGCAAAGCCGCUCCAAGCAGACAACCAAUUAAUGAUCUUGUUGAUAAAUCAAAAGAAUUGCGUGUACUUGAUGCUAAGGCCGCACAAAAUUUCGCCAUUAUGUUUAGUCAAUUAAAAGUAUCGCCAUCAGUAUUUCGUGAAUGGAUGCUUUCAUGUGAUAAUGAAAAUUUAAAAUAUGAUUUUCUUAAACAAUUAGAAAAAUAUUUACCAACAAGUGAAGAAUUGAAAAUAUUAGCUGACUAUAAAAAUGAAAAUAAUGAUCUACAAUAUUCUGAACAGUAUUUUUGUACAAUCGGUGAUAUAAAACGAUUAAAACAACGUUUGAAAACGCUUUUAUUCAAAGCGAAUUAUAAAGAAACAGUAGAAGAAACGGAUAAAGCAUUUGUCGAAGUUCGUAAUGCGUGUAAUCAUGUGCGACAUUCCGUACGUUUUAAAAAAAUGCUUGAAUUAAUUUUAACAAUCGGAAACUAUAUGAAUUCAAGUGCGAAAACCUAUGAACCUGUACAUGGAUUUGAUAUCAGUUUUUUACCUAAAUUGCAUUCAACUAAAGCAAAUGAUGGUCGUCGUUCGUUACUGCACUUUAUUGCACAAGCCAUCGAAGAUAAACAUCGUGAUUUACUUUCAUUUUCUGACGAAUUCUAUUUACUGGCUGAUGGUGUAUCGAAAAUUAAUAUACUUGAACUGCAAAAGCAACCGCAAGAAAUCAAUCGGGAAUUGAAAAAUGCUCGAGAAGAAUUAGCUAUAGCAAAAGAAAAUGACGAACCCAUCGAAGGAGAUCGUUUUGCUGAAGCUAUUGAAGAAUUUAUUAUUCGUGCUGAUGAUGACGUAGCUCGAUUGGAACAGCUCGAUCGAGAAAUGACUCAUUCUUAUCAAAAUCUAUGUGAUUUCUUAGCAAUUGAUCCAAAAAAUUAUUCACUGACAGAGUUUUUUACUGAUCUAAAAUUAUUUUGUACUUUUUUUUCGACUUGCCUUCAAGAUAUUCGAGUAUGGCGUGAACAAGCCGCACGUGCCGCUAAAACAACAAAUAUUCAAUUAUAUGUCGAGAAAAGGAUUCAAGAGAUUCCCGAUGAUAAACUUCAAAUCUCUCGACGGCCAUCGUCACGUGUUGAAGAUUUAAUUGAGAAACGUAAAAAAAAUCGUGGGCUAACGCCACCAACAUUGCCGUAUAAAAAACGAUCUCAAUCAUAG